GGGAAUAUAGUCUUGCUGCACACGCCUCUCGUAAGGUCUCGGAACCAAAGUUUGGGAGUCUGUAGUGAGGGGGGACAUUAAAUAAGUAAAGCACUGCUACAACAAUCGGCAAUGGCGGCGGGCAGGUGCUGGCGAGUGCUCACUAGAUGCCAUAUAUCUACAUUAAUGAGGGAUCAGAGCUGGAGUGGAAUAUGCCCUUUACUGAAGAAAGAUUUUCCAAUCAGACAUUUUGCUGUACUGAAAGCUACCAAAAAAGUACAGGAUGAUCAGAAGCAAGAGGACCAAAACACUAAAAUCAAGAAAAAGGCCAAUUCAAACAGGCGCAAAGUAUAUGGUUUGACAGCCUCGGAACCGAUUGAUGAUGUCUUUCAGGUCCAGUAUUAUCCGAAGCCAGUGUUUGACAUUGAGACGGCAAUUGAGUCUCUGAAGAAAUUUCAGCAGUUAGAUUUUACUUACCCAAAGCAGCCUGUUUACAUUGAUUUGCAGCUUGACAUGAAACUGGAAAAGAAGAAAAAAGUGGAUCCAUUUGUCAGAAUUGUACAGUUGCCGUAUUCUUUUAUGACCAAGCUCAAUACUGUGGUUGUAUUCACAGAGAAUCCGGAAGAAGUUACUGUUGCUCAGCAGCAUGGAGCGGAUGUUGUGGGUGGAACAGAACUUAUACAAAAGAUCUUGGAUGAAGAAAUUCAAGGGGACUUCUAUGUCUCUGCUCCUGACGUAGUAUCCAAACUGGUGCCUCUCAAAAACAAGCUGAGGAAGAAGUUUCCUAAAAGCAAACGGGGUUCUGUUGGACACAAUAUUCCUGAAAUGAUAAAAGUAUUUAAAACUGGCCACGAAUACCAGGUGGAACGUGACUGUUAUGUUCUUUCGAAAGUAGGAACGCUGGAUAUGCCAAAAGAACACAUUACAGCUAAUGUUGCUACAAUCAUCAAGGAUGUGUGUACCCAGAGACCAGUCAGUUUUGGUCCAUUUGUUGAAAGAGCAAUUAUUUGCAGUGCAACCAGUGAAUCUAUGUUGUUUAAAGUAGAUCCUUUCUUGCCUCAAAUAACAGAAGACAAUGAUGAAGAGAAUCAGUAGCACUGUGGUUAAUUAAUAACUACUUUUAUACAAACUACCAAUGGCAUAUUGUGGUGAAAUAAACAUUUAUAUAUGUAAUAAGUUAAUAAGCUGAAUAUAAAAAGGAAUAUCUGAACAGGAGUCAAGUGCAUCUUAUUAAAGUUUAUUUAAAAGGCUU